AUGCAUCAGUCUCGAAAGAAACCCUGUAAUUUUUUCAACAAGCCAGGAGGCUGCAGGAGAGGAGAUCGAUGCUCGUUUGAUCACACAAAACCUCUAUCAGAACGUGGUAAUCAAGGGUCAUCGUCAGAAAGCCACUCUGUAAAGCAGCAGGUGCCGAGGGCUCCUCCGGGUAUCUGUGACUUCUACUGGUCAACAGGCUCUUGCAAGAGAGCAUUCGAAUGCAAGUAUCGCCAUGUCCUAUCUCCCACCACAUCGCGUGGGAAGAGCGACGCUGGUGAAAACAGUAGUAACACGGGCUCUUCCUCACUGAUAGAUGCCCUCGCACCGUUUCUCACCCCGUCCGGGCUGUCUGAUAUGACUGGGACGGGUGGUGAUGCGUUCCACGACUCCUCCGACUCUCUCGACCCUCAGCAAACGCAGGGCUAUUUAGUGAAGUUUUUACGGGACAAUUAUCGCUUCCGCUCUCCAGCGGAAAUGUGUUCCUUCGCAAAGCUUUUGGCUAACGCGUCGUCAACAAAUAAGUCUUGGACUAACGAGGAAGGCCAGGUAUUUCCCACCAGCAGAUCUGACAACGGUCGGCUUCGUUUAACCGAGGUCUUGUGCUACACCAAUGUGUCGGCAAUUGUUCGAUAUGAUCCUAAGGUACUAUCGUUUCAGCGCGGAUACCUACCACUUUUCCAGUAUCUGUCCUCAAAAUACGUGAUAAAGAGUACACUUGUUCAUUUCGUGAAUUCACUUUACGCAUUGUUAGAUAACAAUCUCGAUUGUAUCGUAUCGAAUUUAGACGGGUGUUUGGGCGCCGUCGUGAAUUCACGGACGUUUGGAGAGACGUCUUCCUCAUCUGAACCAUCUGGUGCUGUUGUGUUUGGGCCUAUCGUUACAGUCGUCUAUGAAUACCUUUCACGCUUUAAGAACGCGCUGGCGACACAUAAAGACUUAGGACAAUUUGUUUCGAAACUCGGUCACUGGGUCGAAGAAUGGGCCAACGACAUCUGCUCUACCGCUCCAAAAUUUCGUGACCUCCUUACCACUCCAGAGAGAAAACAUGCUAGAGAGCUCGUCGUUGAUCACAUUAAGGAUCGCAUGCAGCGUGUUACUAGCAUAGUUGAGCGGGAACAGGCCGGAAUCGAUCGCUCCGCUGUACGGAGGGUACAGCACAACGCUGAAACUGCUUCAAAAGUCGCUUCAACGGCACUCCUGCAUGCGCUUGAAAAUUACUACGAAGGGCCUGGAGAGGAGAGGAGAGACGGUCCACGCCACGAUAAUGAUCACGUCGAGAUUAGUUCCAUCCAAAUUGCACCGACUGACGGGGAAUUAACUUGCCGCCUUGUACCAUUCUUGCCUGCAAACAUUCCAAAUGCGCCACACCCAUUCCCAGACGGCAGCAUGCAGAGGCUCCUUGAUAUCCAGUUUCGCCUUUUGCGGGAGGAACUGCUUGCUCCGUUACGAACCUCUAUGCAGGUUGUGUUGGACGACAUGGCGGCACCGUCGUCACGUAAAACGCAACUUAGUGAGCUGAUGAAAAAGAAGGGUGGGCGGUAUAACUAUCAGGAUCAACAAGAUUCAGUACUGUUCAACGUAUACACUGGCAUUAGAUUCUCAAAGAUAGAUAUGGAUUCGCGACGGGGGUUGGUAGUGGAGCUACAACUAGAUACUCCGCCUGGUAGCGCACGAUCCGACAAGGCCAGCGUACGAACGGCGUAUUGGUCAAACGGGAAACGACUGAUGCAGGGUGGCCUGGUUGCUGUAAUGUGGAAACGCAGCGGACGUGUGGAUGUACAUCUCGGGAUUCUUUGCAGCAGUAGUGAAGGGCUUGCAGAUGCAGCAAGGGCCAGCAAGAAUGUGCUGCGUGUUCGCGUGCAGUUCUUUGAUGUACUGGUCAACAUCAAGGUCCUUGAGCACAUCCGAAGCAAUGCUAGUAGGAAUGAAUCCGGUGAAGAAAAGUUGAUGGUUGAGUCGUCUGUUAUGUUCGAGGCAGUUCGGCCCUUCCUCGAGUCUUUAAAACGAGUACCGGAGACCAUCCCUUUUGAGAGGUAUCUACCGCUUCAUUCACCAGCUAUUUUAUCGAACUUGCAGAUCAGUCCUCCUGCAUAUUCAAAAACACCGGGCUUCGCGUUUGAUUUGACGAGUCUUCUCCGUACGGAUGACGAACUAGGGCCUGAUACACUCCAACUGUUGACAACAGAUCCUCCCUCUGUUGCCAACGCACGCGCUCUACUUUCUGAGAGGAGCCGACUGGAUCCAAGUCAAGCUGAGGCUCUUGUUGACACGCUUACACGAGAGAUAGCUCUUAUCCAAGGGCCUCCGGGAACAGGAAAGACGUUCAUGGGUGUCGAGCUCAUUCGUGUGCUGGUCGAGAAUAAUAUUGGCCCUAUACUACUAAUUGCAUUCACAAACCAUGCUUUAGACCAUAUGCUUAGUUCAAUCGUCAACUCCGGUAUCACUAACGACAUAGUCCGCUUAGGAGGACGAUCUGCGGACGAGAUGAUCAAGAGUUAUUCGAUUGAAGAACUCGAGAAAGCGUCGGGUCGCUCUUAUCUUGACCGGGCUAUGAAAAGCGAGUACCGUGCAAUCAAGGAGACGGAGGAAGAAAUCAUGAAAUUGUUGAAGCGUGUCAUCGAGAGACAUGUCCCAUCCCAUAUACUUUUGAACCAUAUCAGCAUACCGUACCCGGAUCACGCCUUGUGUCUUGAAAACCCCCCUGCAUGGAUCAAUCAGCUCCAUUCCAUGCAAAAUGACGCUGGUAGCACUACGGAUUACGCGGAAUGGGAGAUCGCGGGCGGAAAAGGGUUUAGACAGGGCAUGGAUACCUCACUUUACGCGUUUUGGAAGACAGCGGGGGACUUGGAAUUCCUUCGUGCAAUCCGAAUGCAGAAGAAACCUUCUAAAGGGACGGAUCCUACGAGCAACCGCUACGCAAAUCUUCUUGCCGACAAUGAUGAAGACGAUGAUGAAGACGAUGAACAAACACUGAUAUUUUCGGAAGUGGAAAGCGUAUCGACGGCGCCAAUGGAGUAUGGUUCGCAGAGUGACACUCAAGCUUCUGGCGAGGAGGUGCCGCAGGUAGUAUCAGAUUACUCGAAUGCGGAAGUGUUCCUGCUCUCCAACGGAAUAUCAGACAUCCCUGUGGAACCGGUUUCUGAUCGAACUGUAGAGAUGCUCCUUCAGGAGGACCCGUGCAAUAUGUGGAGCUAUUCCAUUUCGGAAAGGGCGCGACUUGAUGAUUACUGGGGCAUGGAAUAUCGGGAGUUGUCGUAUCGGUCGCAGAAGCAGCGUUUUGAGGCGUUGGUCGAGAAACAUUCGGAGCUCAGGGAGAGGCAACGUUGCAGAAAUGAGGAGGUGAGUUGUCUGCUUCCAGUAACUGAUAUCUCUGCUGAAGGUAUGUUAUGCCACCAAUGCGUUUCUCUGUUUCUAAUGCACUAUUUUAAGGGCCUUGGGCCUCGGGUAAUGUUAGUAGAGGAAGCAGGACAAGUAUUAGAAUCCCAUGUUCUCGCAGGCCUGGUCGAUUCUGUUAAUCAUCUAAUACUCAUCGGCGAUCCUCUGCAGCUGCGGCCGACUCUUAAUAACUACGCUCUAUCGAUGGACAACCCCAGAGGAAAGGACUUGUAUCGGUUCGACAUGUCGUUAAUGGAGCGACUAUCCUCCAAUGGAUUUCCAAUGUCGCAACUGAAUGAGCAGCGGAGAAUGCGUCCAAGUGUAUCAUCUCUAAUACGGGAUACUUUAUAUCCUAAACUCAAAGAUCAUGAAGUCGUCUAUAAAUACGCACCCGUCCGUGGUAUGGAUAAGGACGUGUUUUUCUUAUCUCAUGGGAACAAGGAGCAUGGUGGCGGUGAUGACUCUGUCUCAAAACAUAAUCCGUAUGAGGUGCUGAUGAUCAAGGAUCUUGUAAAAUACCUACUCCGUCAAGGGUCUUACUCGGCCGAUGGGAGUAUUGUUGUGCUCUGUGCAUAUCUGGGCCAACUUGCUAAGGUCAGGGACGCUUUGAAAGGAGAGAUGACAGUUGUUAUAGAUGAGCGCGACCAGGACGCUUUGGCAAAGCAUGAAGGAGAGCCUGAUGUGGAUGAAACGAUUUCCGUCGAGCGUGUACACAUCACUCAACGCGUUAGAAUACGUUCUGUUGAUAACUAUCAGGGAGAGGAAGCCGACAUUGUAAUUCUAUCCCUUGUAAGAAACUCUGGUGGAGGGCAUGAAAGCAACGUCCAUGACAUUGUUUCUCGCAAAGCGAAUGCGAAUAUUGGUUUCCUCAGGUCUAAGAAUCGGACAAAUGUCGCCCUUUCGCGUGCUCGACAAGGUCUAUAUAUUCUCGGCAAUGCCUCCGAUCUGGCUUCGCGUAGCUCGAUGUGGUCGUCAGUUAUUAGUCAGUUGGAAGAGGCAGCUGCGAUCGGAGAAGCGAUCCCAAUACGUUGUCACCGUCACCCCGAUGAUUUGAGAUACAUCUCAAAGCCGGGGGAGCUCCCGAAAUUGUCUCCCGAUGGUGGGUGCUUACGAAGCUGCGGGGAGAGACUCGAAUGUGGGCACACUUGUCCAUAUAAGUGUCAUUCGGACGAUCCGAAUCAUCGCAAUGUGUUCUGCACUCAGCCGUGUCCAAAGCUGUGCUCCAAAGGGCACCCGUGCCGCAGGCAAUGUGGUGAACCGUGUGGAAAAUGCGUUCAUCCAAGCCGUGAUGUCGCACUUCCUUGCGGCCAUGUUCACAAAACCGUGCUAUGCCAUCAAAUGGACGACUUGGCUGAGAUCAAAUGCAUGGUGAAGGUCGUGCGAGACCUCCCGACGUGCGAACACAGCGUCGGGAUGCCUUGUAGCUCUGAUGUGAAGGAAAUCAAAUGCCAGGCCCUUUGCGACGGAAAACUGCCUUGUUGCGGGAACCUGUGCAAAGCGAAAUGUCACGCAUGCCAAGAUCCUCCUGAAGAUGAUGCACGUCUUCAAGUCCGGUCACGUACCCGACAUUGCUCUCAUGAAUGUGGAAGGCCGCUGUACUGUGAACACACGUGCCGAGGUACCUGUUCUGCUGAUCACAGGUGCCUGGACAAGUGUAAGGAGAAGUGCAGACAGUCGUGUGCUCAUGCUCAGUGUCGAUUGCCGUGUUCGAAACCCUGUGCUCCUUGCCAAGAGCCUUGUACAUGGUCGUGUCCGCAUCACUCCUGCCCGGUCCCUUGCGGCUCGAUGUGUGCACGUGUGCCCUGCGAUUUGCGCUGCACAAACUUACUAUCGUGCGGGCAUCAAUGUCCUUCUGUCUGCGGAGAGAAUUGCGCUGACCAAUUAUGUCUCGAAUGUUCGCCAAAAGACAAGCUCACCUCGAUAGCGGACUUCAUAAUGCAGCGAUCACUCAGUGAACUGGACCCAUCAAGAGGAACAAUCGACGAACUCGUCAUUACGCUGGCUAACUGUAAACAUGCGUUUACGGUUGAGACACUGGAUGGCCAUUGUAGCCUUCACGAUUAUUACGUGCACGUUGAAGGUUCUUGGAAAGGUUUGAAGGCACCUGAAACGGGGUUCAAAGUACCACCAACUUGCCCGACCUGCCGCUCUGCGAUACGUUCUCCGCGAUACGGCCGAGUCUAUAAGCGUGCAGACCUCGAUAUCCUUGAGAGAAAUGUUACAUCUGAACUGUCUACUUCGCUUCAAACGGCCUCUGUCAACCUCGAUUCCAUCGAUAGCGCAGCGCUUCGUCGUACACUCCGGGAUGCAUUUUGUGAUCUCGCUUUCGGCGCGCCACCCACCUCGGACGAUGAGAUUCAAUCAAAGAAAAAGGCUAGGAUGAAGGUUCUUAACUGUAACGGCGAGAAUCCUGUCGCAUGGGAGCACAUAAACCCCCGGGGUCAGCUACACGAAGUCAAACCGGAUAUUGCGCAACGCUGGACAAAAGAAGUAAAGCAUAUCGGAGCUGUCUACCAAGCCGCGAUCAAGGUUGCUUCUACUCGUUCAGCUCACUCGAAGGCAUGGGAAUCGGCAUUUUCUAGUUUGUAUCGACAAGAAAUCGAUGAUGCUGUUGAAGAUCCGACUAGAGCCCCACGUCAUCCGAAAGAAUAUGCUAUGCGUAUGGCAAAUAUGAAAGUUGGACAACCCAAACCUCGUGCAGAUAAGCGCUUCUGCGUCGAAGCCAUUUGGCUUACAUUACGCAUUCGCCUCCUUCUCGUGGAUGUUGCUUCGGAGUGGCUAACGCCUGUCAACACUCGUCUCGACCAGCAUUUCACGUCGUUUAAAGAAUCGUGGAUCAAAUUCAUCAAGUUCGUUCUCGAAACUUGCGAGCGCGAUGCAAGGGUCGCUAUGCGUAUCGCAACAGCAUCCGAAAGCAUUAAACAAGCUUUGCGGUCAAAGGUGUUUGCUCUUAAUUCGAGGUUUGAGGCCUUCAAGUUCAAUUUCCGUUUCGCGCACGAAGCGAAAUUGACAGCAGAGUCUCGUGAGGAACUCGCUGAACAAAUUUGCAAGGAACUUGCCUCCGUAGACAAAGCUCUGGCUUGGGGACAGGUCCUUCUUCGUAUGUCAAGAAGCGCUAAAGUCAUUGCCUCAGAUUUUGCUAGUCUCUUCUACGAACCAAUUAAUGCAAUACGUGAAGAAUGGAUGAACUUGGAGCGUUCAAUCCGCAUGGACACCGUCUACAACCCAGUGUCAUACGAGGAGAAGAAGCAAAUCGUAGCUGCCCUGAGGGGAAAUUGGGACUUCACCCAUUCGGGACACUUUUACCAGUGUCCUAACGGACAUUCGUUCAUCAUAACAGAGUGCGGAGGUGCCAUGCAGACUGCCUCAUGCCCUGAGUGUGGCGAAGCCAUUGGUGGUUCAAAUUACAACCUUAUCUCGAGCAAUAGACGUGAUACUGAGCUUGAGGCAAUCGCUCGCGAACACGGUGCCCAGGCAAGCCCAUGGCCAUAG